UAUUUCAUUUUUUAAUCUCUUAAGAUCUGCCAUUACUGGUUCUCUGCCCUCUUUCUUUCUCUCUCUCACACACUUACACAGAAGAUGAGGUUGCCCUCUCCCAAAAUAUAGUCUGCCCCCAUUGCCUAGUUCAAAGCUUGUGCAUCCCUAAAGCAAGCAGUCAUCCCAGUCAGUUACUAAAGCUGCUAGAAUGGAAUCAGUCCAGCUCUAUCAUUAAACCCACCACUGCCACGUGUCAAUCGCUCCCAAAAAACUCUCUCAAAAGAUGCCCCAGUUAUAAGACCAUUUUAAACUGUAGGCCAAAUCCUCCAUCCCCCAAAAUGUGUUUCUUUUAAGCCUUUAACGUUAACACGACAUGGGGACUGGAUUGCAUAAAAUGGUAAACCCGCUGUAGCCUCCCCUACACACCCUGAGACCCCGCCCUAUCCAUGCCCGACAGGGAACCUCGAUGUCACUCAUGCCUUUCAAGGGCUGCAAUUUGACAAUAGGAACACCCACGACUUAUUAAAUCCUUGCUGAAUGCUGAUUGGCGGAGGCUGACGGCGUAUCCCGCCCCCCGCGGUGGAUUGUUUAGAGUGGCCAGACGGCCAGGGACACAGAUGGCAGCGCGAACAGGAGGAGUAUCUAACGGGACAUGCUGCCAGAUUCAUCUAUUACAUUUCUGACUGCUGGUUCUACGUGGAUUAGGCCUACUCUACACGCAGCCAGAGACAGAAGCGGCAGCAUCGCCCUUGCAAAAGGAAAAACCUGCAACAGAUUGGCUAGGGAAACGCGCACUUUGAACUCUGAUUGGACCAGCAAACUGUCAAUCAACGCCGGUCGGGUGUGACAGUGUGAGGCAUCACCAUGCCUCUGGUGAAGAGGAACAUCGACCCGCGCCACCUGUGCCGGGGGGCGUUGCCAGAGGGCUUAGGCAGUGAACUGGAGUGUGUGAUGAACAACACCCUCUCCUCCAUCAUCCGCCAGCUCAGCAGCCUGAGUAAACAUGCGGAGGACAUCUUCGGAGAGCUGUUCAACGAGGCCAACACGUUCUACCUGAGAGCCAACUCCCUGCAGGACCGCAUCGACCGCCUGGCCGUCAAGGUCACCCAGCUGGACUCCACUGUGGAGGAAGUCUCUCUGCAGGACAUCAACAUGAAGAAGGCUUUUAAGAGCAGUACCGCCCAGGACCAGCAGGUGGUAUCCACGAGGAGCGUUCCCAUCCCUGUCAAGGAGAUGUACAACCUGAGUAACAAACCUCCACCUCUCAACAUCCUCUCCAAAUAUAGGGAUGACCACAAGGAGGGGCUGAAGUUCUACACUGACCCCUCCUACUUCUUCGACCUGUGGAGAGAGAAGAUGCUGCGGGACACGGAAGACAAGAGGAAGGAGAAGAGGAAGAACAAAGAGCAGAAGCGUUGUGUGGAUGGGACGUUGCAGAGGGAGGUGAAGAAGGUGCGUAAGGCUCGGAACCGUCGCCAGGAGUGGAAUAUGUUGGCCCUGGAUAAGGAGCUGAGGCCUGACCACCACCACACACACUCUCUCCACCGGGGGGCCACCUGCGAGGGAUCACUAUCCCCUGAGAUGAGGGGUCUUGGACCUGACCACCACCAACGCCACUACCCUCACUCAACCAAUCAUGCUGGUCACGCCCACACGUACUCCGGCCCACCUCCCAGUCUCCUGGCUGCUCAGCUGGCUGCUCAGGGAAACGCCACUCUGGACCAUGCCUACAGGGGAUACAACCUGGGUCACCCCCACAAUGCUCCACCCCGUCUCCCUCCCAUUGAGAACAUGAAUGGAUCCAUGUCUCUACGACCUGUGGACUACAGUAUGGAGGGAUAUGGAAACGGCUCCCCUCCUCCUGCUCCUCUCAUGCCAUCUGCACAAUCUGCCUUUGCCACGCCCCCCGGAGGCCCACUUCCUCUUCCAGGUCUAAUGGGAUCAGUUGGUGUCUAUGCCCUGCCCCCACCGCCAAUCGCUGGGUCGCUGGUGGCUCCAACUCCCCCAAUGCCUCCGCCCCCUCCUCCAGGCUCCUCCUACUCUACCACUCCCAAGAUGUCCUCCGUGCCCCACAAUGUCCAGCCUGUUAAUGAUGCUCGUAGUGAUCUGCUGGCUGCCAUACGCAUGGGUAUCCAGUUGAAAAAGGGCCAGGAGCAGCAGGAGCAGCAGGCUAAGAGAGAGCCUGUAGGGAACGACGUGGCCACCAUCCUCUCCAGACGCAUCGCUGUCGAGUACUCCGACUCCGAAGAUGACUCAGAGCUGGAAGAGAACGACUGGUCCGACUAACGCACACACAUCACUCACUCAAAAGCUGAAAAGCACAUACAUGUGCACGUUCACAUCCACACAAAAAAUAAACCACUAAAUGGUUCACUGAGUGUACUAAACAUGAAUAACACAUUCCUAAUAUCAAGUUGCACCCCCCUCCUCCUUUUGCCCUCAGAACAGCCUCAAUUCGUAGGAGCAUGGACUCUACAAGGUGCUGGAUGUCCUUUGGGUGGUGAACCAUUCAUGAUACAUGAUCAAAUUGUUGAGUGUGAAAAACCCAGCAGUGUUGCAGUUCUUGACACAAACAUGUGCACCUGGCACCUACUACCAUACCCGUUCAAAGGCACUUACAUUUGUUGUCUUGCCCAUUCACCCUCUCAUUGGCACACAUACACAAUCCAUGUUUCAAUUGUCUCAAGGCUUAAAAAUCCUUCUUUAACCUGGCUCCUCCCCUAUACCGAUACUGAUUGAAGGGGAUUUAACAGGUGACAUCAAUAAGGGAUUAUAGCUUUCACCUGGAUUCACCUGGUCAGUCUAUGUCACAGAAAGAGCAUGUUUUGUACAUUCAGUGUAUAUACUGUCAUUAUAAAGAGAACAGUUGUCUAUAGUUUCCACAAACUGCAGUGCAUGCAUAGUAAGCAGAAUUUAGUGCAUGUUUUGUUUUGUACACUCAGUGUAUAUAUACCAACAAAACAUAAACAAAAACACACACAUACAGGAUGUAUUUGUACAUGAUAUAAGCUGGGUUGACCCCUGGUCACAUGUAGCACUGCUGGUAAAUCAGACUCCUGCAUCAGCCGCUGAAGGGUCCAGAACUGGACCUCUAGCGGUGUACUCAAGAUGCACACUAUCGGGUUCAGCUGCUAUACUGACACUAAUUGCAACUAAAUGUUCAAUUCAACACUAUUACUGUUAACAUUUUAAAACUCUCAAGCAAUGCUCGGGGAAUCUUGAAUACAACCCAGGAGACCACAGUGUGUCUCUGUAUAAUAUGUUAUCCAUAAUAACACUAGUAAAGCCCUGUUUGUGGCACCCCAGGAGUGGCACUCAUCUCAUGUAUAGUUACAGUCUUAAUAAGGGCCUUACUUAGAGAACCCCCCCUUGGGAAGACAGUCUACGUCUUUUUUCUAAUGUUUUUACUGAAACACUUCAUCUAGGACUGAGACCAAUUUUUAUGUGUAGAUUAUAGCAACAGGAAGAUGAAGAGAAGUCAAAAGAAACAGCGUGGACUGUGCUGGUCAGGGUAGCGUUCAGAAGGAACCGUGUGGACUGUGUUGGUCAGGGUAGCGUUCAGAAGGAACCGUGUGGACUGUGCUGGUCAGGGUAGCGUUCAGAAGGAACAGCGUGGACUGUGCUGGUCAGGGUAGCGUUCAGAAGGAACCGUGUGGACUGUGUUGGUCAGGGUAGCGUUCAGAAGGAACCGUGUGGACUGUGCUGGUCAGGGUAGCGUUCAGAAGGAACUGUGUGGACUGUGCUGGUCAGGGUAGCGUUCAGAAGGAACCGUGUGGACUGUGUUGGUCAGGGUAGCGUUCAGAAGGAACCGUGUGGACUGUGCUGGUCAGGGUAGCGUUCAGAAGGAACCGUGUGGACUGUGCUGGUCAGGGUAGCGUUCAGAAGGAACCGUGUGGACUGUGCUGGUCAGGGUAGCGUUCAGAAGGAACCGUGUGGACUGUGCUGGUCAGGGUAGCGUUCAGAAGGAACCGUGUGGACUGUGCUGGUCAGGGUAGCGUUCAGAAGGAACCGUGUGGACUGUGCUGGUCAGGGUAGCGUUCAGAAGGAACCGUGUGGACUGUGCUGGUCAGGGUAGCGUUCAGAAGGAACCGUGUGGACUGUGCUGGUCAGGGUAGCGUUCAGAAGGAACCGUGUGGACUGUGCUGGUCAGGGUAGCGUUCAGAAGGAACCGCGUGUGGACUGUGCUGGUCAGGGUAGCGUUCAGAAGGAACCGUGUGGACUGUGCUGGUCAGGGUAGCGUUCAGAAGGAACUGUGUGGACUGUGCUGGUCAGGGUAGCGUUCAGAAGGAACCGCGUGUGGACUGUGCUGGUCAGGGUAGCGUUCAGAAGGAACCGUGUGGACUGUGCUGGUCAGGGUAGCGUUCAGAAGGAACCGUGUGGACUGUGCUGGUCAGGGUAGCGUUCAGAAGGAACCGUGUGGACUGUGCUGGUCUGGGUAGCGUUCAGAAGGAACCGUGUGGACUGUGCUGGUCAGGGUAGCGUUCAGAAGGAACUGUGUGGACUGUGCUGGUCAGGGUAGCGUUCAGAAGGAACCGUGUGGACUGUGCUGGUCAGGGUAGCGUUCAGAAGGAACCGUGUGGACUGUGCUGGUCAGGGUAGCGUUCAGAAGGAACUGUGUGGACUGUGCUGGUCAGGGUAGCGUUCAGAAGGAACCGUGUGGACUGUGCUGGUCAGGGUAGCGUUCAGAAGGAACCGUGUGGACUGUGCUGGUCUGGGUAGCGUUCAGAAGGAACCGUGUGGACUGUGCUGGUCAGGGUAGCGUUCAGAAGGAACCGUGUGGACUGUGCUGGUCUGGGUAGCGUUCAGAAGGAACCGUGUGGACUGUGCUGGUCAGGGUAGCGUUCAGAAGGAACCGUGUGGACUGUGCUGGUCAGGGUAGCGUUCAGAAGGAACCGUGUGGACUGUGCUGGUCAGGGUAGCGUUCAGAAGGAACCGUGUGGACUGUGCUGGUCAGGGUAGCGUUCAGAAGGAACCGUGUGGACUGUGCUGGUCAGGGUAGCGUUCAGAAGGAACAGUGUGGACUGUGCUGGUCAGGGUAGCGUUCAGAAGGAACCGUGUGGACUGUGCUGGUCAGGGUAGCGUUCAGAAGGAACCGUGUGGACUGUGCUGGUCAGGGUAGCGUUCAGAAGGAACCGUGUGGACUGUGCUGGUCAGGGUAGCGUUCAGAAGGAACCGUGUGGACUGUGCUGGUCAGGGUAGCGUUCAGAAGGAACUGUGUGGACUGUGCUGGUCAGGGUAGCGUUCAGAAGGAACCGUGUGGACUGUGCUGGUCAGGGUAGCGUUCAGAAGGAACCUCGUGUGGACUGUGCUGGUCAGGGUAGCGUUCAGAAGGAACCGUGUGGACUGUGCUGGUCAGGGUAGCGUUCAGAAGGAACUGUGUGGACUGUGCUGGUCAGGGUAGCGUUAAGAAGGAACCGUGUGGACUGUGCUGGUCAGGGUAGCGUUCAGAAGGAACCGUGUGGACUGUGUUGGUCAGGGUAGCGUUCAGAAGGAACCGCGUGUGGACUUUGCUGGUCAGGGUAGCGUUCAGAAGGAACUGUGUGGACUGUGCUGGUCAGGGUAGCGUUCAGAAGGAACCGUGUGGACUGUGCUGGUCAGGGUAGCGUUCAGAAGGAACCUCGUGUGGACUGUGCUGGUCAGGGUAGCGUUCAGAAGGAACCGUGUGGACUGUGCUGGUCAGGGUAGCGUUCAGAAGGAACCUCGUGUGGACUGUGCUGGUCAGGGUAGCGUUCAGAAGGAACCGUGUGGACUGCUGGUCAGGGUAGCGUUCAGAAGGAACUGUGUGGACUGUGCUGGUCAGGGUAGCGUUCAGAAGGAACCGUGUGGACUGUGCUGGUCAGGGUAGCGUUCAGAAGGAACCGUGUGGACUGUGUUGGUCAGGGUAGCGUUCAGAAGGAACCGCGUGUGGACUGUGCUGGUCAGGGUAGCGUUCAGAAGGAACUGUGUGGACUGUGCUGGUCAGGGUAGCGUUCAGAAGGAACCGUGUGGACUGUGCUGGUCGGGGUAUCGUUAAGAAGGAACCGUGUGGACUGUGCUGGUCAGGGUAGCGUUAAGAAGGAACCGUGUGGACUGUGCUGGUCAGGGUAGCGUUCAGAAGGAACUGUGUGGACUGUGCUGGUCAGGGUAGCGUUAAGAAGGAACCGUGUGGACUGUGCUGGUCAGGGUAGCGUUCAGAAGGAACCGUGUGGACUGUGCUGGUCAGGGUAGCGUUCAGAAGGAACCGUGUGGACUGUGCUGGUCAGGGUAGCGUUCAGAAGGAACCGUGUGGACUGUGCUGGUCAGGGUAGCGUUCAGAAGGAACCGUGUGGACUGUGCUGGUCAGGGUAGCGUUCAGAAGGAACCGUGUGGACUGUGCUGGUCAGGGUAGCGUUCAGAAGGAACCGCGUGUGGACUGUGCUGGUCAGGGUAGCAUUCAGAAGGAACUGUGUGGACUGUGCUGGUCAGGGUAGCGUUCAGAAGGAACCGCGUGUGGACUGUGCUGGUCAGGGUAGCAUUCAGAAGGAACAGCGUGUGGACUGUGCUGGUAAGGGUAGCAUUCAGAAGGAACCGCGUGUGGACUGUGCUGGUCAGGGUAGCAUUCAGAAGGAACCGCGUGUGGACUGUGCUGGUCAGGGUAGCGUUCAGAAGGAACCGCGUGUGGACUGUGCUGGUCAGGGUAGCAUUCAGAAGGAACCGCGUGUGGACUGUGCUGGUCAGGGUAGCGUUCAGAAGGAACCGCGUGUGGACUGUGCUGGUCAGGGUAGCAUUCAGAAGGAACCGCGUGUGGACUGUGCUGGUCAGGGUAGCGUUCAGAAGGAACCGUGUGGACUGUGCUGGUCAGGGUAGCGUUCAGAAGGAACCGCGUGUGGACUGUGCUGGUCAGGGUAGCAUUCAGAAGGAACCGCGUGUGGACUGUGCUCGUCAGGGUUUUUUUGAAACAAAUGGGAGAAGAUGUUUUGAAAGAGUUUUCCUACAGUGUUCCUUCUGAAGGCGACAGGUGUGUGUGAGGGAGUGGCCUGAGAGGGAGGCUGUAUUCCAUCAUCCACACUCGAACACUACCCCAUGUGCUACACUUACGAGGAUGCACAGCCAGCAUCGUUUCCUUCUAAGUGGUACUCUAGUAUGGAUAUUGGAACGUAGCGUGGUGAGUGAGUGAGUGAGUGAGUGAGUGAGUGAGUGAGUGAGUGAGUGAGUGAGUUUGUGUUGUGAGAGCGUCUGAUUGGAGAUAGGGAAGGAUGAAAGGAGGCUUAAUGGAUAACAGCUGUCUAAUCGCUUAGUGAUGUCUAGCAGAGAUAUGGAAGAUGAAGAAUAGAUUGGAUUGUGUUUAGGGUUGUCAUGGUUAUUUUUAGUGUGAACUCUGUAAACGUUGAACUCUGACCCUGAGAAUAAAUACAAAUAUGAGGAAUAACGAUUGAUAUUCACAA